UGUGUGAAAAUUUUACCUCAUUUUGGACUGCUGUUUGAGUUGCUCAAUGUAAGGACAGCGCGGUGUCUAUUUGCUGUGUAGCGCAUACAGAAUCAGUCCGGAUCCAUUAUCUUCAAUAGAAGUUUGACAAAACGCCAAGAUGUCUGCAUAUGACGAAGAAGAAUCUAAGUUUAUGCGAAAGGUGAAGGAGAAUCCUUUUGUCCCAAUAGGGAUGGCAGGAUUCUUUUCCAUUGUGGGCUACAGACUUUACAAGUUGAAGAGCCGUGGAGACAUGAAGAUGUCAGUGCACCUUAUCCACAUGCGUGUUAUGGCCCAAGGAUUUGUGGUGGGAGCUAUGACCAUUGGUGUCAUUUAUUCCAUGUACAAAGACUACAUUGUGAAGCCAAGAGAAGAACUGAAGGCAUUGCAACAGCAGACUGCAUUUCAACACAAAUAACCCGAUAAAUGAAUAUGGACUCUUUUGGAUUUAUAUUUUGUAUGUCCCCUUAAUAUUAUCUCAGUUUGCCAUAAGUUGUAUAUCUACACAUCUUUCCCACAUAUAACACACCUCUUAAUGUACUAGGUAGUUUUAAGGAAUUCUCACUCAACAAGAAUGUCUACUGCACUCUUUUUAUACGAAGAUGCCGUGCCUUACCUCAACUCAGUUUUGUGUGUGUUUCCUGAGGGUUGUCACUUUGAUGAGACAUAGAUAUGAGCCAACUGUAACUACCUGAGAUGGUAUUGCAGCUUAGUGACACACAAAACAUGAUAUAUGAGAUUAUUGUGAAUGCAAGUCUGUUGAAGGUACUUGGUUGACUAGAGGACAAGUGGUAGUGGAAACUCACAUUCUAAAAAAUAGUUUUAGAUUUUAAGAGAACAAUAUUUUGGGAUAGGUCACAGGAUGUUGUAUGAAAUAUUUAUUGCUAAGGAUGUUAGUUACAUCUGGUUAUCAAAUGAGGAGCAAACAGCCAUUUGAUGCUAUAAAACGGGUACUCUUACCCUACGAGGUCCGAAGCCUGCUGGUUCUAUUCUACCUGACAAUUAAUUGCACGCACCUAUUGUCCCAGCCUCUGACUAAAGGGGAACAAUGAAAAAAUACAGUGGAACUGGCUUUGAGGUCCAGAGUUGAGUUUGAGGGCUAUAUAACAUGCUCUGGAUCAGCAAAGGCUAUUAGGUAGUUUGAGUUGAAGUGACUGUUGGUACAAGACAACCAGCUGUUAUUAGGACACAGGUCUUGGUCAACCACCACUAUUCCAAUCGUCACUCAAUGCUUUUCUGGAUUUCCUUUGGAAGAAUAUUUUAUUGUAUUUGUUUAUUUUAUUGGUUGAUCGUUACAUUAUUUAGAUUCACUCUAUUAUUAAAGCUGCAAUGUGUAACUUUUUGGGUGACCUGACAAAAUUCACAUAGAAAUGUGAGUAAUCGAUUUGUCACUCAUUGACAGCAAGUCUAGCGGUAGAUCUGUUCUAUGUGCACUAUUUCUAUGCUUUCCACUUUUAAGUUUAAUUUUUGCAACUUUUACUUUCGGUUUUGUGUACCAGCUUCAAACAGCUGAACAUACAAUAUUUUUGCCUAUGUGAAAAUACAUUUCACAGCAGUUUAGACGGUACAAUGAUUCUUUACACUAUACUUGCUUGUUUUGUCACAUACACUGAAAUUAGACAAACUAUUAGAAUUUUUACGAUUUAGCAACCAGGAAAUGGCGGAGCGAUAUCUGCCUAGUACAUCUUUAUGUAUUGCAUUUUACCAAUGAAAAAUAUGUGUUGCACCUUACUAUUGUCAAAUGGCCUUUACUUAUGAGUGCAAUAAAGCAUCCCCCUAAUAGGUGGUAGUGACCUGUGACCUGACAAUAGGAGAGGCUAACACACUCUAUUAGUCUGGCACUCGGACUACCUAAAUCAGGAUCUCAAAAGAUAUCCUUGUGUGAUUUUUGUUUUCUGAUAGAAAGAUAAAUUGAUAUUCUGUAAUAAAGUGGUCUCACACAGCUAAUGGCUGAAUUGUUUAUACAGAGUAAGUAAUUGGGCAGUGGGCCUAUAAUCAUAACUUGUAUGGAACUGCAUUUAAGGCAUUGUCUACAAACUGAUGAUAUUUUUACUAUCUAUGUUAUAAGUCAUUCUCUCUCCCAAUGUUGAGUGCACUGGAACAUAUUCAUCAACAAUAGUGUGUGAAAUAAAUACAAAUUAUUAUUAA